AAUGAAAUGCAUAUAAUAACUUGAAAAUAUUUUUGAAUUUAUAGGGAUUUUAUCGGGUGUAACUUCCGCCAUUGUUUUCAUUGUUUGUAUGGUAUACGCAUCAAAAAAAAGAAGUGCUUUUCUUGAAGAAAUAUAAGAAGAAUGAGAUUGACAUCCAGGAAGUAAUAACAAAUAAUGGAUGGAUGGCCCCAAAGCGGUAUAGUUACUCCGAUGUGAAGAAGAUGACUCAUUGGUUCAAAGAUCAAAUAGGUAAAGGAGGAUAUGGCACAGUAUACAGAGGAAAGCUACCUGAUGGCCUUCUGGUGGCAGUUAAAGUCCUAAGUGAGUCCAAGGGUAAUGGAGAAGACUUCAUUAAUGAAGUUGCUAGCAUUGGUAGAACUUCCCAUGUCAACAUAGUCACUCUUUGUGGAUUCUGUUACGAGAGGGACAAAAGAGCUUUGAUUUAUGAAUUCAUGCCUAAUGGAUCUCUGGAUAAUUUCAUACGUAAGCAAGGAUCUGAAAUGGCAAAUUCUCGCUUAGAAUGGAAAAAACUAUCUGAAAUUGCAGUCGGCAUUGCCCGAGGACUAGAAUACUUACACCGUGGAUGUAAUGCAAGAAUUGUGCAUUUUGACAUAAAGCCACAGAACAUUCUUUUGGACAAAGAUUUUUGCCCAAAAGUAGCUGAUUUUGGCCUUGCCAAAUUGUGCAAAAAGGAGAGUAUCGUAUCGAUGUUUGGGACAAGGGGAACUGCAGGAUACAUCGCACCAGAAGUAUUUAGCUGGAACUUUGGAGGCGUAUCUCACAAAUGUGAUGUUUACAGCUACGGGAUGUUGGUUCUUGAAAUGGUUGGAGCAAGAAAGAAUUUGGAUUUGGCAGUGUCUCAUACGAGUGAAAUGUUUCCGCAUUACAUUUAUAAAGAUCUAGAGCUAGACAAGGAUGAGAAUGUUUUUGGGGCAACCACAGAGGAGGAAAAAGAAAUAGCAAGAAAGAUGGUAUUAAUAAGUCUCUGGUGCAUUCAGACCAAUCCGUCUGAUCGGCCAUCAAUGAGCAAAGUUGUAGAGAUGCUGGAAGGACCCCUUCAUUCCUUGCAAAUUGCACCAAAGCCUUUGUUGGUUUCUCCUACAAUAGCUGCAGAAGACUCUAUGACCACAUCUCAACCAUCUGAAACAGAAGACUCUAUGACCACAUCAAAGCCUUUGAGUGUAAGCUCAAGACAUAUCGGUAUAUAAGUGUUGAUUUUCAAUUUUAAGAUGGAGAACAUGUAUAAUCUUUUCAUAAUCCAAAAAAGAAAAACAUGUAAUAUAAAUCAGCAUCAUUAUUAUCAUAUUGUUUGAAUAGUGCAUCUCUUCGAACUCGAAGAUGAGUGAAAUUGUAAGUGAUAGUUUGUCUGAAGAUGAGUAAAAUAUAAAACUCCAAUUUUGAAGUUCAAAGCUUUUGUUAGGCUGCGAAAGUUGACCGCCAUCCCAAGAAUAUUCUAUGCUUAAUCUUUCAAAUGGUAAACUUGGUGUUCAUAGCUCAAAUCUUUUUCAACGUUUGGU